UUAGUUGUGGCCAUCGAGCGUUGUGACCUGAACAUCAGAGGCAACAGCAGCAGCCAUCACACUGACAAGUAUGCCGAUGAGCGUCUAAUCGUCAGGAGAGGACAAGCCUUCACCAUCUUUCUGUACCUGAGAGCUGGAAGCAAGACCCUCAAAGAUGUCACCUUCAUUGUCCAAACUGGUCCGCUGCCCAGAAGAGAAUCAGACACAAGCGUUUCCUUCCCACUCAGCGAGUCCACAGUGGAUACUGAAUGGAGUGCCUCAGCCACUCAUGAGUCCACUGGGAACAAAGUGUCAGUGACCAUUGUGUCCUCCCCCAAUGCCCCCAUUGGACUCUACUCGCUGACUGUAGACCACCAGGGACGCAAGACCACCUUAGGACAAUUCACCUUGCUUUUUAAUGCCUGGUGCCCAAAGGACGCUGUGUACAUGCGCAGUGAGACCAAGAGACAAGAGUAUGUCUUAUCACAACACGGGCAGAUCUACAGAGGCACACACAAACGAAUCAAGGGCAUACCAUGGAACUUUGGACAGUUUGAAGCAGGGAUCCUGGAUAUCUGUCUGAAGAUCCUGCACGACAACCCUAAAUAUGUUUCGGAUGCCGAUCAGGACUGCUCAGCCAGGAGGAAUCCCAUCUAUGUGACCCGGGUCCUGAGCGCCAUGAUCAACAGUAAUGACGACAGCGGCGUGCUGGUGGGAGAGUGGUACGACUUUUCCGGGGGCGUCCAUCCUGGCCUGUGGGUUGGCAGUGGGGACAUCCUGCGUCAGUGGGUGGAGAGCGGUCCCGUCCGCUACGGCCAGUGUUGGGUGUUUGCUGCUGUCGGCUGUGCAGUGUCCCGUGCCCUGGGCAUCCCGUGCAGGGUUGUCACUAACUUUGGCUCAGCUCACGACAGUAACGCCAAUCUGACCAUAGAAAACCAUUAUGAUGAGGACGGCAAAAGAAUUUCAGAUGGAGAUUCAGUUUGGAACUUUCAUGUUUGGGUGGACAGCUGGAUGACUCGUCCAGACUUGGGAGAGGAGUUUGAUGGCUGGCAAGCCAGCGACCCCACUCCACAGGAGAAAAGUGAUGGCGUUUACUGUUGUGGCCCAGCUUCACUGAGGGCCAUCAAGGAAGGAGAGCUCACCAAAAAGUAUGACGCUCCUUUUAUUUUUGCUGAGGUGAACGCAGACGUGGUGGACUUGGUGCGUCUGUCUAAUGGAAAGUUUGUCAAAUUCGGCGGUUCCACUAAAUCUGUCGGACGCUUCAUCAGCACCAAGAGUGUUGGCUCUGACGAGAGACAUGACAUCACGCACCAGUACAAGCAUACUGAGGGUUCCGAGGAGGAGCGUCGGGUGUAUGAGAAGGCUCAGCACCAGAACAAACUACAACAGCGAGGAGAGGAACCAGGUCUCCAUCUCAAGAUCAGGCUGGCCGAGAAUAUGAUCGUGGGCUCAGACUUUGAAGUGUGCGCCGUGCUCACCAACAACUACGCGGCGACAAAGACAUGCACCCUGCUGUUCUUCGCAAGGGCUGUGGGCUACAAUGGCAAACAAGGAGAGAGCUGCGGAUUUACCUCCGACAAAGUGCAGGUGCCCUCUGGAGAAGAGAGACGGCUACACCUCAAACUGGAGUAUGACAAUUACGGAUCGGUGAUUACAUCUGAUCGACUCAUUCAGCUGUCUGCCAUCACCAUUGACAAGCAAACCAUUGAUUACCAUAAGGCAGAGAAGACCAUAGUGCUGGAUGAGCCCUCUAUAGAAAUCAAGCUGCUGGGAGAAGCUAGGGUGAAGCGGCCGCUGUCAGCACAGUUGACCUUGUUGAACCCGUUACCAGAGACCCUCCGGGACUGCAGCUUCACCAUCGGGGGUCCUGGUCUCAUUGACGGAAAGCCCAUGACACUCAAGAUAGGACGAGUGGGCCCCAAACAAGAGGCCAGGACCACCGCUGUGUUGACACCCACCACUGCUGGUUCCUGCGUGCUGCUGGUCAACUUUGACAGCGACAAACUGAGGAGCAUCAAGAGCUCCAUCAAUGUUCUGGUGAAGGAAGGAGAUUCUCCAGACAUGUAACACUCCAACCUGAUGACACU